AUGGUCGCCGGACGGAGUGGCGGGUGGGCAGAUCUGGGAGAGAGCAGAGGAGAGAUAAAGAGCAGAGGGGAGAGAAAGAGACUUCAAAUUAUUUCACAUUUCCCCGAAAGCUUAGUGGGUAUGAAAUCUCAGGUUGAGAAAGUAACCUCAUUAUUAGAUAUGAAAUCAAAUGAUGUUCGCUCUAUCGGGAUUUGGGGUAUGGGCGACAUAGGCAAGACAGAAAUUGCAAGAGUUCUAUAUCAAAGAUACCGUCAUCGAUUUGAAGCCGCUUGUUUUAUUGGUGUUGGAACGUUGUAUCAAACAAAUGGACUAACAUGGCUUGUACAAGUCGUCAUUUGCAAGCUCUUGGGUAAAAAUAUGACUCUAAAUAGCGAUCACGAAGGGGUGAUUAUUUUAAAGAAUAUGCUUCGCAGGAAGAAAGUUCUGUUAAUUCUCGAUGAUGUAAACCAUCGAGAACAACUGGAAUUUUUGGUUGGUGGGACAGAGUGGUUUGGUAGGGGUAGCAAAAUUAUUUUAACAGCAAGAGACAAGCAGUUGUUGAUCAGUCAUGUUGGGGAUAACAUGUAUGAAGUCCAACUAUUAUCUGAGAAUGAAGCUCUUGAAUUGUUCAGUAGACAUGCAUUUAGAGAAAAAUCACCAUUGAAAGAUUUUAUGGAACUUUCCAAACAAGUGGUGGAAUAUGCUGGUGGACUCCCUUUAGCUCUUAAAAUUUUAGGUUCUUCUGUUUACAAACGAGACAAAAUGCAGUGGAGAGACAUAAUUAAUCGUCUGAAGAGAAUCCCUCACAAUGAUAUUCUAGGAAAGCUGAGGCUUAAUUUUGAUGGUCUGGACAAAGAUGGGAAGGAAAUAUUUCUAGAUAUUGCAUUUCUAGAUAUUACGAGCAUGGGUAAAUAUAAUAAUAAAUCUUUUGUAGAAGAGUACUAAAGAGUCAUGGUUUUCAACUGAUAGGAAUAGAUUACCUUAUCGAAAAAUCUUUGUUAUCAAUCGACAUAUGUAAUACAAUCGUGAUGCAUAAUUUGAUAAGAGAUAUGGGUGAAAAUAUCAUACGGGAGGAGUACAGUAACAACAUAAUAUGGCUUCCUGAGGAGGUUCGUGACCUUUUAACGGAAUGUUGCUAACAGAAAAUGUGGAAAGCCUAUGUAUCCCAACAGUUUACAAUUUUGAAAAUGAUCCUGUCAAUUAUAACAAUAUUUUUCAAGAGGAUGGAAAGCUUACAAGUACUCGUAAUUCGUAAAGGAACCUGUGAUAUCACGCAUCUUCCUUCCAGCUUGCGGUUUAUUGAGUGGGAUGGUUAUCCUUCAAUUUCGUUGCUAAAGCUGUCUUGUCGAAUUUUGGCCAAUA